AUGUUAGGUGAUUAAAUGAUUGCAAGUUGUUGUUAUAAAGUAUAAAUCUUUUCACACCUAUUUUCAAUUCUUACAUAUCAAAACAAUUAUAAACUGUUUGAUACCUACUUACAGUUUCUGCAAAUAAAAAAUCAAAUUAUCUAGGCAUUCCAUUCAUGCUUCUUAAAUAAAGUUAUAAAGAAAUAAAACAUAGAAGGUAGCAAUAAGAAUCUUCAUAAAUGCCUCCAACGCCGCUUCUAUGCUAACUCUGGAAAGUCAAAAGCAUCCAAAUUAAUGGCCAUUGCUAUUUCAAUUUAAAAAGUACACCACCUUCUCCCUUAUAAACUCUUCCUUAUUCAAACUCACCACUACUAAAAUAAAGAAACUCUUCCUCAUUCAAACUCACCACUCCAAAAAAAAAAAAAAAGAAACCUGUCUCUCCUAGCCUUUUACUCAAACUCAUAGUCAACUAACUCAUCAGAAGAAAGGAAAAUUCAAUUAAACCAUAAAAGAAAAACGGCCAUGAACUAACUAGAAGAAAACAACAUUUCCAUUUUAAAAAUUUAAAGUGCCACAAAGUCAACACCCCCUCCCUCUUCCCUCUCUUGCAAAAAACCCUGUUCCUUGCAUUCAACCCUGUUUUGCUCUGCUCUGUUCUGUUUUGUUCUGUUUCCGUCUCCUCUGUUCUCUCUGCAAUGCACGUUGCUUCACUUUCGGCAUUGCCACACCCACAUAAAAAGCUCAAAACUUGAACCCUUUAUUCUCUUUCACUCACCAAUGGGUAACCGAAUCGGUAAUCUCUGCCUCUGUUCGUCCGGCGACGCCUCCGGGAGGUUCGAGAACAGAGCUUCCUUCCUCUCCAAGCAACUCCAGAAUUCCCUCGGAAACUCCAUCUGCUAUGUGAGAUCUGAGACGUGCCGGUUCUCCGACGAUGACGUCACCCUCUUGACUUUCCGGUCGGUCUCCGGCGCCACUGUGAGUGCAAACACAUCGGCCACGCCUUCAACUUCGCUCGACGAUUCGCUUCAACACAGCGUCGUUUUGGAUUCCUCUGCUUCGUUUGAGAGCUCUGGCUCCUUCACUUCCACCUUAGUGCCUUUUCAAAAUCAACACAUGCCCCGUGGAUUCUCUGUGGAAGGCUCCACGGAAAGAGGGUUGUAUUCGGGUCUUCGUGAUAGUGUGAUGAACGGUGAAGGGUCCAUUGAGAAAGGUUCUUCUGAGGUAGCAAUAAAGAAGGGGAAGAGAAGUAAAAGAGAUUUGAAAAAGGUUUUGAGUAGAGCGUUUUUAAGUAUUAGGAGAAUAUCAAUAAAGAAAAAUGAUAACGCUAAUGCGAGAGUAAGUUGCAGUACUAGUUUGAGUGCUGAGAUGAGUUUGCAUGGUUCUGAGGGUGAUAAUGAUAAUAAAUAUUUGGAUGGUGAUGAGUGUGAUGUGCUAAUGGGGUGUGAGAAUCUUCAUUGGGCACAAGGGAAAGCUGGUGAGGAUCGUGUGCAUAUUGUGAUUUGUGAGGAUCAUGGAUGGGUUUUUGUGGGGAUUUAUGAUGGUUUUAAUGGCCCUGAUGCCACUGAUUUUCUUCUCAACAAUUUGUUUUAUGCUGUGAAUGAUGAGCUCAAGGAGAUCUUGUGUGGUCACAACAAGUUUGAAUCCAUGGUUAUGGAUUCAGACACUUUGGAGUUAGAUGAGAAUGUGUUUUUAUCAUGUAAUGGAAAUGGAGGGGCUGAUGGUGGUUGUUCUUCAAGUGAAAAUAAAGAAAACUAUCCAAUAGAAAAUGAAGAGUUAAAUUUGGAAUGUGCAUCAGAAGGAGAAGAGGGAAUGAAUGGGAUAAAUAGUGAAAAAGUGGGUUUGAGUCAUUCAGAUGUGUUAGAAGCUCUUUCCGAGGCAUUGAGGAAGACUGAAGAUGCAUUUAUGAAGACCGUUGAUGAGAUGAUUGGUCACAACCCUGUGUUGGCUAUGAUGGGUUCAUGUGUUUUGGUGAUGUUGAUGAAGGGUCAAGAAGUUUACUUGAUGAAUGUAGGAGAUAGUCGUGCAGCGUUGGCCACUCACACUGGGGAAUCUCUUCAGCUCACCAUGGACCAUGGCACUCACGUGAAAGAGGAGGUUUACAGAAUCAGGAGGGAGCAUCCUGAUGACCCUUUAGCAGUAACCAAAGGCCGGGUGAAGGGUCACUUGAGUGUCACAAGGGCUUUUGGGGCUGGGUUCCUUAAGCAGCCUAAGCAAAACAAUGCAGUGUUAGAGACUUUCAGGGUCAGCUACAUAGGGGAAUCUCCAUACAUCACAUGUUUUCCUUCACUCCACCACCACAAGCUCAGCACAAAUGACAAGUUCCUCAUACUGUCUUCAGAUGGACUUUACCAAUACUUCACCAAUGAAGAAGCUGCUGCCAAAGUAGAGUCAUUCAUUACCAUGUUUCCGGAUAGAGAUCCUGCACAACUUCUCAUUGAAGAAGCACUAGGUCGAGCAGCAAAAAAGGCUGGUAUGGAGUUCCAUGAGUUGCUUGAUAUUCCACACGGGGAACGCCGCAAUUACCAUGAUGACAUUUCUAUUGUCAUAAUCUCCUUAGAGGGAAAAAUAUGGCGUUCAUUGGUGUAAAUAUGCAUUUGCUUAUAGUAACUAAGCACUGAAACUUUGGGGCAUUCCUUCUAGUUCUUUUUUUUGUUACCUCUUUCUAACAUUUUUUUUUUCAAUACCAAAGAUUCAAAAUUAGGGGCAAUCAAGAGCUACCAGUUCAAAUUCCCUUCCAGAAAGGACCAGUUCUGUUUUGAUAACUCUCAAUCAUAUUUCUUUCAGUGGUA